CUUGAAUUGUAACGUCUUAUGUGACAUUAGUCACAUAGUGUUGGUAUGCAGUGACUACAACAUGCAAAGGUUGAUUUUAGCCAGUGAACUAAGUGAAAUUGUAGAUAAUGUUUCCUCCCGCCGCCUAGAAGAUCUACUACGUGAUCCAAAGUGUUUAGUGCCGUUAUACAAUUUCAUUAAAAAUACUCUGGAAAGUAUAUAAUAACAUAAAACCGAGUAAAUUAAAAGACUUGGCUUAAAGGACUCGUAUCCAGGCCAUAAACUCCAAAAAAAAAAAAAAAAAUCAUUGAGAUAGAAAAUAUAUUUACAUAGGUAUACAAAAAAAAAUACAAGACGUCAAACGUCAACAAAAUGACAGUACAGGAACAGCUGAUUGAUUCAUUCAAGGUUCAAGCAAUUCGCGCCUUUCGCAUAUUUUUUCGUUAGUACUUAAACCCGUAUACCGGUAUUGUACCUGUAUGAGGCUGUAUGCCUAUCUUUUAUAAUCUUAUUUAUAUUGUUUGAUUGACUGAAUACACGGAUAAUGCUAACGCAAUGUUCGGCGUAUUGUAUGUUUGCCUAAAGUGUAGUUUUAGUUUACUAUGAAUAAACUGUUGUAUACAGUGAGAAUUCACAUUGGUGGGCGGAUCGUUUGAAGUUUUUAGUACUUAGUUAUUACUCUUCAUGGUGGCUAAAUACCAAGUCAAAAUUUAUUGAUUAAUUGAAUAAUGUACUUCGAAAAUGAAGACUGGGAUCUCCCCGCGGUCAUUGUCGACUCUUCUGCUGAUGACACGAGUACGUUUGAGAUGCCGUCGGCGGAGGAGUUGAUAGAGCGGCGCGCGAAAGAGCUCGCGUGCCAACAAGAGCUGCAGCGACUGCGCGAGCUCGAGGAGCGCGGCGAGGAGGCCGGCACCGACCGCGCCGCGCCCGACAGCCUGGCGGCCGACCUGUCCGCCCUGCUGCGCCGCCCGCAGGCGCGCCGUCUCGCCGCCUCCGAGCUGUGGGCCGCGCUGGCGCCGCACGUGCCGGCCGCGCCCGACGACUCGCCGCUGCUGCAGGCGGGGCUUCUGGAAGCGCAGAUGCCGGAUAUCGUGAAAGCUUUGGCCGCUGCGGUCAAGUCGGCGACGCUCUGGUCCGACGCCGACAUGCUGGCCUCUUGCGCUUUCUUGGCGGUCGCAGUGUUGAUGGAAAAUUCGCCCUGCCGCCGGAAAGCCGUGCGCACGUUACACGCGCUCCUAGACCGGUACGCGAAUCAGGAACAGCUGACGGCCGUGGCGCACAUGAUGAUGACUGCGUUCCCGGCGGAGUCCGCGGCGCGGCUGGAGCUCAGCGACCAGCUGUGCAGCGGCGCGUGUUCGGGCGGGGACCGCGUCGCCUACAUCCUCAACGGUACGGCCAUGCUGCAGCUGCUGGGCGCGGAGCGGGCCGGCCCUCACUGCGGGCCCAGCCUGGCGCAGGUGGCGCGCGCGGCGGCGGCGUGGCGCCAGCGUGACGCGGCCGCGCGCCUGCGCUGCGUGCAGCUGGCGGGCCGCUUGCUGUCGUCGCCGGCGGGGGGCGGGGCCUCCGCCGAGGAGCGCGCCUUGCUACUCGAGCAUUUGCGGCCGGAGCCCAUUACCGCAAGCGAUACGCCACAAGAGGACAGAUUGAAGGUGCUGAUGGAAGCUUCCAAGUUACGAUUGCUGUUUCUCGGAGACCUGUAAGAUGCUCUAGCAUCGACGUUGUAACGAAAAUUGCUGUUUAUAUAAAUAUUUUUCAGUUGACUGAAUUAAAUAUAAAAUAAAAUAAACGACUUUACAAAAAUAUGAAUAUAGAUUUAUUUAUGCAAAUUCGUACACUUAUUUUUAUAUUAAUGAAAGCAGGUAAGUUUUACUAUUGGCGUGUAGUCAACUACUACUGCUGAUAAUGAUUGCGACGUAUUUCGAGAUUCGAUGAGAAGUCAGUAGAGGUGGCCGGCAUCACGCGUGUGGCAGCUCGAGCCCCAUGCGAGUCAUCGGCAGCGUCAGCGCCGCGCCCAGCAGCGGCCGGUGGUACGAGCCGCGCAUCUCCCACCUGCCGGACAG